AUGACUAUCCCUGUAGCUGCAAAGUUGGAUAUCUGGGAUGCAAUCAAUUCCAUAUAUAUGAUAUUUUGCACUGCAUUAUUACCACUUAUUGUAAUAGGGAUUGCUCUUUUCUAUUCUGGUCUUACUCAGAGGAGGUCAUCUCUCACUAUGUUAGUACUUCCCAUUCUACUUAGCUCAUUGGUAAUAAUAGAUUGGUUUAUAUGGGGUUACUCUUUAUGUUAUGCAACCUCAUCAAAUAGAUUCAUCGGAAACUUGAACUUUGCAGUUUUGAGAAAUAUGAGAGAUGAAAACUCACUUAUCUAUUCAACACCGAGAGGGGAUAUAUUAUCGCUAAAUCAUUUUCUAUUCAAUGGCCUUUUCAAAAUAAUAUGUGUUGCAUUGACGUUUCCCGGCUGCAUUGCUGAAAGAGGACGCAUUCUACCGAUGCUAGUAUUCUUAUUCUGCUGGUCUUGUAUUAUCUACAACCCAGUGACAUAUUGGUUUUGGAAUAAAAACGGCUGGCUCUCAGUCCAAUUGAAUUUUUUGCCUGUAUUGGACUUUGCGGGAGGCAAUUGUAUUCAUAUUGUGAGUGGUUUUACUACCUUAGCAUACUCCUACAUUUUAGGAUCUAGGAAUCCAAAAAUUCUUGAGGAUUAUAGAAAUUCCAAUACUGCGUAUAUGGUUUUAGGAACCUUUUUGAUGACGAUCGGCUGGUGUGGAUUUAUUGGCGGUUGUGACUAUAAGUUCUCUACGUCGUCGGUUAUUAUAUAUAUCAACACAAUUAUUUGUGCUUCUGUCAGCGGCAUAAUAUGGACUUUUAUGGAUUAUUAUUAUUCUACGAUACCGUUAGAUGGUUCUAUAGACAGUGACUAUCUUGCUGAAGUAAACACAUCUUCAAUGAACUCAAAUAUCUCAAUUCACGAGGAAGUAAAUAUGACGCAUCAAAAAGAACCAGAAAAGCGCUAUUCGAAGAGAAAGAUGUCCACCAUAUCUUUUUGCUCUGGUGCAAUGACGGGUUUAGUUGUCAUAACGCCUGCAGGUGGAUAUAUUGCUAGUUCGACAGAGCUAUGGAAAUGUUUUGUUUUUGGAACAAUAGGUGCAAUAAUAUGUAAUCUUUCCACUCGAUUGAAGUAUUUUUUUCACAUUGAUGACGCUUUGGAUAUUUUUGCAAUUCAUGGAGUUGCUGGGAUAGUAGGUUCAAUAUUGACCGGAAUUUUUGCUAACAAGUUAUACGACUCGCAAGGAGGGUGGGUAAAGGGCCAUUGGGUUCAGAUAGGGUAUCAAAUACUAGGCUCUGUGGUGACUUCUGCCUAUGUAUUCAUUUUAAGUUGCGUUCUACUAUACAUAAUUGACUUUAUUCCCGGAUUAUACCUUCGAAUAGACAAAAAUUUCAAUCAACGAAAGAGAGAUGAGUUGAAAAGAUUGAAAGACCAUCAAGAUUCCAGCGAUAUAGAAAAUCAAGAGCACGUUACUGCUAUGGAUCCUGAUGAGCCUGGUGAUUGGGAGAACGCUGAGCUUUUAGGUUCAGAUAAUUAUGAGUUUAAUGGUGAAUACUCAAUGGACUUCAUGGAGUUCAUCAAGAUCUUACGACCGAAAGAUUACGAUAUCGAUUGGGAGAAUACUUCUAGGAACGCUCGAAGCUUUUAUGGAGGUAGCAUCUCAUCAAGGUAUCAGAAUGCGGGCAAGCCGUAUAAACGCGAAUGA